AUGGAAAUUUUCACAUUUACUCUAAAUGAUUAAACUUCCUACUUAUCCCAUUAAUCCGUUCACAAUUUUUUGAAAAAAGGUCAUAGAUCAGCCAUAAGAGCCCUAGCAAUAUCGGAAAACGAAGCAUAUAUGAUAUCUGGAGGAGGAGAAAACAUAAAACUAUGGACAACUGAAGAUCUUUAGAAUAUUUAAUCUUUCUAAACUGAAUCAAGUUAAAUUAUAUGUUUAACAUUUUUACCAAAAGACCGAUUUUUCCUAGCUGGUGAUAAAGAAGAUAUGCCAGAUGAAGUCUUAUGUGCUAAAUUUACACCUAGUGGUUAUUAUUAUGCCGUAUCUCUUUUAAAUUAGACUAUAUAGAUUCAUUUUUCAGAUUCCGAUAGGUUAUUUUUAUCAUUAUAUGGACAUAAAUUACCUAUUAUGUCUUUCGAUAUAUCUUCUGAUGGUGCUCUUUUAGUCAGUGGUAGUGCAGAUAAGAAUGUGAAGAUAUGGGGCAUGGAUUUCGGUAAUUGUCAUAAGUCUAUUUUCGCACAUUCAGAUGGUAUUACAUGUGUUUAGUUUGUAAAAGAUACUCAUUACUUUUUUUCUUGUAGUAAAGACAGAAUUGUUAAAUAUUGGGAUGGUGACAGUUUUUAAUAAAUAAUGCAUUUUGAGGAAUCCUUAGGAGAAAUAUGGAGUAUUGCAAUAGGAAAAAUUGGUGAUUUUUUCAUUUGCGGAAGUGGGGAUAAAUUAAUAAGAAAAUAUAAACAAACUAAAGACUAAGUUUUCGUAUAAGAAGAGGAAGAAAAAAGAAUGGAAAAAAUGCUCAUUGAAGAUUAUACUAAAGAACAAUUAAAAAGAGAAGUAGAAGAAAAAGAAAAAAAAAAUGCCAAUAAUGCCAAAUUAUAAGAUUUAGAAGUUGGAUAGGCCAUUAAAAAAAAAUAUGAAAAUCUUAAGUGUGGAGAAGAUAUUAUGGCUGCUAUUGAUACUGCGGAAAGUUUAAGGGAAGAAUAUAUUUAAUUUGAAAAUGAUAAAAUUUAUUACGAAAAAAACAAGGGAAUUUUAAAAGAAUUAUAAGUAACGGAAAGACCAUGUUUUGAUUAGAUUUAUGGACUUUCUAUUCCUGAAUAUGUUGGGAUGGUUAUUAGUAAAAUAAAGACUACAGAAUUGGAAAAUUCUUUGAGUUUUUUACAUUGUAAUUAUUGA